GCUUCUAAACACACGGUUUUUGCGCUGGCACAAGGCCGGCGGGGAAUUCACCCGUACGCCUAGCGUUUUGGGCAUGUCACGCGAUCCUAGCCCGGCAGGCUUGCGCACUUGUGCCGCUAUUCCAUUCCCCUCCCUCGUCGUGCGCGGUGCGCUUCUUCUCCCCCGCCGAUCCCCAGGGCAGGGCCUCGCCGUCGCGUUCCCAGAGGACAGAGAGAGCCGAGCGCAUGCAUCAACAGUCGCGCGCUCGUGCUGCGCCACGGCUGGUGGACCCACCGCCCACUACCGGGCCCACCCGCCUCCACCUCCAUUAACUACCUUGAAGACGCCAAAGCUGCCCGUCGCCAGUUCAGCACCACCUUGCAGUUACAGUUAUCACACUCCCAGCACCGCUGCUUCCGCCUCUCUUCUCCUCCUCCUCCCUCCCUGCUCAGCUCAAUGCCAGGGCAGCAAGAAUCGCAGCGCAUGUGACCCUUGUUCAGAGAAGAGCUGGUCGAUGCUGCUGAGGCUGUGAACUCUGGAGGAUGGGAGGAGCAUGGGAGGAAGCGGCGGAGCUGGAUGAGCAAGGGAGGCUCGCGGCGGCCCUGGACGCCAUCAGUUCGCUGGUCUCUGCUUCCUUGGACACUUCGUUGUUCCCGCUCAAGUGGCAACUCAUCAGGGACAGGCUCAACCGGCUCCACGCCGGCCUCGCCGACAUCACCGUUUCCGAGGACGAAAACGGCGAGGACAGGUGCGACGCGUUCGCCGACCUCCUCCGGGAUGUCGCGGAGACCGCCAGGGAGGCGCAGGAGCUGGUGCCGCGGAGCCAGGGGAGACACUACGGCGGCGGCAAGCUGCGGCUGCGCAGCGACCUCGACGUCCUCGCCUCCGCGCUCGACUCGCACGUGGCGCGGCUAGACGAGGUGUACGCGUCGGGAGAGCUGAUGCGGGCGCGGGCGCUGGUGGUGCCGCGGCCAGCGGCCGGCGCCAGCCGCGACGACAUGCGGUUCUACGUGCGCGACGUCUUCGCCAGGCUCAGGGUGGGCAGCACCAAGAUGCGGAGGGAGGCCGCGGCCGCGCUAAGCGAGGUGCUGCGUGACGACGAGAAGUGCGUCCGGAUCGUCGCGUCCGACGUCGCCGACGGCGUCGGGGUCCUCAUCGCGCUGCUCGAGUGCCCCGACGCGUGCGUCCAGAAAGAGGCCCUGGAGGCGGUCUCGGUGAUCGCCGGGUUCGACGCGCACAGAGGCGGCCUGGUCGUCGGCGGCGUCAUCGCGCCCGUGGUCCGGAUACUCGACACGGGCGCCGGCCCGGCGACCAAGGAGCGGGCUGCUCGGGUGCUCUGCAAGCUCACCGAGAACUCGGACAACGCGUGGGCGGUCGCCGCGCACGGCGGCGUCAAGGCAUUGCUCAACGUCUGCACGGACCACCGGGCGAGCGGCGGCGAGCUCGUCUGCACGGCUUGCCGGGUGCUGAGGAGCCUCGCGGGCGUCGACGAGAUCAGGAAGUACAUGGUGGCCGACGCCGGGGCCGUGCCGGUGCUCGUGUCGCUCUCGCAGAGCGCCACGGACGACGCGGCGCAAAUCCAAGCGAUAGAGCUCCUCGCCGCCAUUGCCACGGGCGAUAGCUCCGUCCAGGAGGCCGUGAUCCAAGGAGGCGCUGUCGAGUCUCUCGUCCGCGCGCUCGACCCGUGCUCCCCGCGCUCCUCAAAGGCGCGCGAGGUCGCCCUCCGCGCCAUCGACGCGCUCUGCUUCUCGUGCCCAGGCUCCACAGACCGGCUCGUUACCGCCGGGUUCCUCGACCGCGUCCUCUUCCUCCUCCGCAACGGCGACAGCACGCUGCAGCACUGCGCCCUCAAGGCGGCGCACCGCCUGUGCCACGUGUCAGAGGAGACCAAUAAGGCGAUGGGCGACGCCGGGUUCAUGCCGGAGCUCGUGAGCGUCCUUCAGGCCAAGUCCCCCGAGGCGCGGGAGAUGGCCGCGGAGGCGCUCUGCGCCAUGGUAUCCGUGCACCGCAACCGGAAGCGCUUCGUCCAGGAGGACCGCGACGUGGCGCAGGUGCUGCAGUUGCUGAGCUCCGAUGAGGAGAAGCCCUCACCAGGGGCGAAGCGGUUCUUGCUGUCGACGCUGAUGCACCUAGCAGACAGCAGCUCCGGCCGAAGAAAGAUACUGUCCUCGGAGCAUAUCAGGAAUCUUACGAAGCUUGCAGAGACCAAUGUCCCGGAAGCCAAACGGAUCGUGAAGAAGCUUAGCCGGAGCAAGCUCAGGAGCAUUUUCCAUGGCAUCUGGAGCCUGUAAUCCUUGGAGACGAGCACUAGCUGUUACUACUUACUAUACUGCACCUCUAGCUAACACAUGGUAUGUUCCUUUCAUGUUUUGUUACUGUGAAGGAAUGAAAGAAUGGGUCACUCCAAUGUAUUGUUGUAGCAAUACUCAGUGAUUUGUCACUCCUGAGACUGAGAGAACUCAUCCCCAGCUCCACCAUGUGUAUAUUACUCAUUUCUGUCAAAUAAAAGUUCAAGUACAUUCAAGAA